UUUCUGUUUAUGAAAUUUAAAAGCACUUUUCAAUUUUCUCGUCUUACUUUAUUUACGUUUGGUAACGAAGGCUUCAUUCGAUAAACAAAAUAUUACUCCUAUUUUUUAAAAGUCACUAAAUUUAUAUAAAACCUAAACAAUGGGUGAACGCAAGGGUCAAAACAAAUACUAUCCACCGGACUAUGAUCCAAAACGAGGUGGUCUCAAUAAGUUCCUGGGAACUCACGCCUUGCGUGAGCGAGCUCGAAAGCUCCAUGUAGGAAUCCUGAUUAUCCGUUUUGAAAUGCCCUAUAAUAUCUGGUGUGAAGGAUGUAACAAUCACAUUGGAAUGGGUGUCCGGUACAAUGCUGAGAAGAAGAAAGUCGGAAUGUAUUACUCCACUCCGGUGUACCAGUUCCGAAUGAAGUGCCAUUUGUGUGACAAUCAUUUUGAAAUCAAAACAGAUCCUGGGAAUCUAGAUUAUGUUAUAAUAUCCGGGGCAAGAAGACAGGAGAAUCGUUGGGAUCCAUUGCAAAAUGAACAAGUUGUCCCCGAGACGAAGGAAGUUCAGAAGCGAUUGUUCGAUGAUCCGAUGUAUAAGUUGGAACAUUUAGCGAAGGACAUCAAAUCAGGUGAAGAUGCGAAGCCGGUGUUGGAGAAACUUUUUGAAAGAAACGAAAACGUCUGGGACGACUGUUAUGAAGCGAAUUCAAAACUUCGAGCUGAGUUUAGAAAACAGAAAAAAGAAAUAAAGAUCCAAAAGGAGUUGGAUGACAAAUUAUUGCAAAGAAGCAGUCUGGAAAUCGGACUCUUGCCUGAGAGUGAACAAGAUCGUCAAAUGGCAGCUCUCAUGAAACUACAAUCCAAACCAGCCAAGGAACGAGAGGAGGAGAAGAGACUGGAUAUUCUGACGAGGCCAGCUCUUCCCAGUUCCACACAAACUACAUUUGGUGGUUUAAAAAGACAAAAGCUCAUCAAUUCAAAACUUAGUUUAAAAGACUUGGGUAUCAAAAAGAAGAAGGAAGAUGAUGCACAACAAAAGCCUACCGAAGCAGAAAAGAAAACGACGUGUGAAUUACGUGAAACAGAUGAAGACAGUAAAGACUUAAAAACUGAUCAAACCACCAACAAUGGAUGUGAAAUUAAAAAGAGUAGUCUGGGACUUGUGUGUGAUUAUUCAAGCUCAAGUAGUGAUUAAGUCUAUUCAAUCAUUUGCACAAACAAUAAAUAAUUGGAAGGAUUUUUUAAUUUAAGAAAUGUUAUUUGCUAGUCUUUAUAUAAUUUAAAUAUAUGUUUACAAAAAAGGAUUACAAACAUUUGUUUUAU